CAAACUCCCGAAAGUCCCCACCUUGCCCCGAGGACAAGCUGUGCCUGCGGGGGUGUGGAUGCGACCAGGGGCGCGGCUGUCCAGGUGCCACAAUGCAAGUGAAGAAGUACCUGCUGAAGUGCCUGCACCGGCUGCAGAAAGGCCCCGGCUACACGUACAAGGAGCUGCUGGUGUGGUACUGCGACAACACCAACACCCAUGGCCCCAAGCGCAUCAUCCGCGAGGGGCCCAAGAAGAAGGCCAUGUGGUUCGUGCUCACCCUGCUCUUCGCCUCCCUGGUCUGCUGGCAGUGGGGCAUCUUCAUCAGGACCUACCUGAGCUGGGAGGUCAGCGUCUCCCUCUCCAUCGGCUUCAAGACCAUGGACUUCCCGGCCGUCACCAUCUGCAACGCCAGCCCCUUCCAGUACACCAAAGUCAGCCAUCUGCUCAAGGACGUGGAUGAGCUGAUGGAAGCAGUCCUAGACAGGAUCCUGGCUCGAGAGCCCAGCCAGAGCAAUGCCACCCGGGCCCUGAACUUGACCAUCUGGAACCACACACCUCUAGUCCUUAUUGAUGAGCGGGACCCCCACCAUCCAGUGGUCCUCGACCUCUUUGGGGACAACCACAAUGGCUCAGCCAGCGGCAGCCCAGCGCCAGGAGAUCUCUGCAAUGCCCACAGGUGCAAAAUGGCCAUGAGACUAUGCAGCAGAAACGGGACCGUGUGCACCCUCCGGAACUUCACCAGCGCCACCCAGGCCGUGACGGAGUGGUACAGCCUGCAGGCCACCGACAUCUUCGCGCAGGUGCCGCGGCAGGAGCUGGUGCAGAUGGGCUACCCCGCCGAGCGGCUCAUCCUGGCCUGCCUGUUCGGGGCGGAGCCCUGCAGCCACAGGAACUUCACCACCAUCUUCCAUCCUGAUUACGGUAACUGCUACAUCUUCAACUGGGGCAUGACGGAGAAGGCGCUCCCUUCGGCCAACCCGGGAGCUGAGUUCGGCCUCAAGCUGAUCCUGGACAUAGGCCAGGAGGACUACGUGCCCUUCCUGACGUCCACGGCCGGCGCCCGCCUGUUGCUUCACGAGCAGCGGUCCUACCCUUUCAUCAAGGACGAGGGCAUCUACGCCAUGUCAGGGGCCGAGACAUCCAUCGGGGUGCUGGUGGACAAGCUGGAGCGCAUGGGCGAGCCCUACAGCCAGUGCACCGUGAACGGCUCCGACGUCCCCAUCCGGAACCUCUACAGCAGCUACAACACCACCUACUCCAUCCAGGCCUGCAUUCGCUCCUGCUUCCAAGACCACAUGAUCCACAACUGCAGCUGCGGCCACUACCUGUACCCGCUGCCCCAGGGGGAGAAAUAUUGCAAUACCCGGGACUUCCCAGACUGGGCCUACUGCUACUCCAGCCUGCGCAGGAGCGUGGCGCAGAGGGAGGCCUGCAUCCACCUGUGCAAGGAGUCCUGCAAUGACACCCAGUACAAGAUGACCAUCUCCAUGGCCGACUGGCCUUCUGUGGCCUCCGAGGACUGGAUCUUCCACGUCUUGUCUCAGGAGCGGGAUCAAAGCACUAAUAUCACCUUGAGCAGGAAGGGAAUUAUGAAGCUCAACAUCUACUUCCAAGAAUUCAACUACCGCACUAUUGAGGAGUCUGCAGCCAACAAUAUCGUCUGGCUGCUCUCAAACCUGGGUGGCCAGUUUGGCUUCUGGAUGGGGGGCUCGGUGCUGUGCCUCAUCGAGUUCGGGGAGAUCAUCAUCGACUUCGUGUGGAUCACCAUCAUCAAGCUGGUGGCCUUGGCCAGGGGCCUGCGGCGGAGGCGCACCCCGACGCGCUACGCCGGCCCCCCGCCCACCGUGGCCGAGCUGGUGGAGGCCCACACCAACUUCGGCUUCCAGCCCGACGUGGCCCCGCGUGGCCCCGCCGCCCGCGCCUACCCCGACGAGCAGGCUCUGCCCAUCCCGGGCACCCCGCCCCCCAACUACGACUCCCUGCGCCUGCAGCCCCUGGACGUCAUCGAGUCUGACAGCGAGGGGGACGCCGUCUAGACCCCCCCGUCCGCCCAGGCAGCCGAGAACUCAAACCCGAGACGCCCAGACCAUGCCCGGGUCUUCUUCAAGGUGCCCUCUCCAGAGGGCCAGGCCUGUGGGUCCCAAGGCCGAGGUCUGUCCCUCCCCCGAGAGACCUGCGCCCCGUGGGGUCCCGCUGCUGGCGCAAUGCCAGCGCUGUGCCCCCCAGCCCCACCCCCAGGUGACCUGCACCUGGCCUGGGCACCCCCAGCCGGGUCCCAGAGCUCCCCAGCACCCUCACCUGCAGGCAGGUGCCUUUCCCCUCCGGGCCAGCCCGGGAGCAGCAUUCCGUGCUGUCUGUGCCCAGAACCCACACCGCCCCCUUCCUGGCCUGGCUGACCUUGGUGAGCCCCCAGCUCGCCUUGCUGGGGCUGACCUCUCGCACGAGCUCAGGGAGGGCAUGGGCUGUGGAGAGCAGAAGGGCAUCGGGCUAGGAGACCCUGCAAGGGGGCAUAUGUUUUGUUCUAGAAAAUAAAAAAUAGG